UGGCUCUAGCCAUUCCAUUGAAGCCUUGAAAUCGACGCAGUUCGCUCCAGACUCCAGGCCAUGGGGAACAUCUGCUCCGAUGGAUGCUUCGGCAUGCUGGGCGGCGGCGGCAAGCAGGCUUCGGAGCUGAAAGCCUGCAGGGAGGAACUGAAGAAGCUCAUCGACGACAUCAACUGCCAUCCGAUCUUGGUCCGCCUUGCUUGGCAUGACUCCGGCACCUACGACCAGCGCAUCAAGGACUGGCCCGCGCGCGGUGGAGCCAACGGUGCGAUCCGUUUCGACCCGGAGAUGAACAUGGGCGCCAACGCCGGCCUCGCCAAGGCCAGAGGUUAUUUGGAGGAUAUCCAGAAGAAGCACCCAUCAGUGUCCUGGGCUGAUCUGAUUCAGCUGGCGUCCGCCACGGCCAUUGAGAUGGCGGGCGGCCCCAAGAUCGACAUGAAGUACGGCCGCGUUUCGGUGACCUCCCCCAGCGAGUGUGUCGGCCCCAAGUCCCGUGAGGGCUUCGGGGGCAACGCGGGGCUGCCCGACGCCAAGCCGCCCUUCGGCUGCGGCGCCAGCUCUGCGCCGGAGCAUCUGCGGAACGUCUUCGGCAAGAAGAUGGGCUUCACGGACCAAGAGAUCGUGGCCAUCUCGGGCGCUCACACCAUCGGCCGCGUCUUCAAGGAGCGCAGCGGCGCCUGCCCCUUCGGCUACACCGAUGCUGCAGCGUCCAAGUACACCAAGAGCACCUGCGUCGCCCGCAAGGACAACAAGCCCAAGAUCGGCAUGGCCGGUGGAGCUGCUUGGACGAAGAACUGGCUGACCUUCGACAACAGCUACUACACCAAGUACAAGGACGCCAUGGAGGACAGCGACCUGAUGUGGUUCCCCACUGACCAGGCGCUGCACGAGGAUCCGGUCUUCAAGCCGUUCUUUCAGAAGUACGCGGAGGAUCAGAGCGCCUUCUUUGCGGAUUAUGCCAAGGCGCACAAGAAGCUGUCGGAGCUUGGUGCCAAGUGGGAGCCCGCGGGGGGCUUCAAGAUCUGAGCCGACAGAUUUUCCACGAAAGGCUGAGAUAUGACCUGGCCUUUUGGGGACGUCGUCCCUGUCUCCGAAACUCGAAAGAAGCUAGGCCCCCAAGUAGUGCCC